AUGGCUGAUCGCCGCCGUCAACAUUCCGCAGAAGUAGAAGACGAGAGCGCUCGUGCAAAGCGACUGAAGAUGGAGAAGAUGGAUCCCAAAAACAAUCCCUAUCUAGCACACCUUUACCCCGCCGGCGCUAAUGACGCGCCGCUGGCGGAUUUUAAGAGACAUAAAACAACUGCAGCCCAGGCUGAGGCCGUUGAGCAGGGUCCUACCAAUCCAUUCACGGGAAAACCUUUUUCGAACAAGUACAGCUACAUCUUGGAAGGUAGACGCGAUCUGCCUGUUCACAAGCAGCGUGAUGAGUUUCUUAAAAUCUACCAAGAAAAUCAGAUCAUGGUCUUCGUUGGUGAGACAGGUUCCGGAAAAACCACGCAAGUCCCGCAAUUCGUUCUUUACGACGAUCUGCCCCAGACACAGGGUAAGAUGGUAGCUUGCACCCAGCCUCGCCGUGUUGCCGCCUUGAGCGUUGCCAAUCGCGUCGCCGAUGAAUUGGACGUGCGCCUCGGCGAAGAAGUCGGAUACUCCAUCCGAUUUGAUGACAAUACUGGACCGAAGACAGUCCUGAAGUACAUGACUGAUGGUAUGCUUCUGCGCGAAGCUAUGCACGAUCACGAUCUGAACCGAUACAGCACCAUUAUUCUUGAUGAGGCACACGAAAGAACCAUGGCUACCGAUAUUCUCAUGGGUCUUUUGAAGCAGGUCGUACUGCGUCGUCCGGACUUAAAAAUUGUCAUCAUGUCAGCCACCCUCGACGCUGAGAAAUUCCAGCGGUAUUUCAUGGAUGCCCCGCUUCUUGCUGUGCCCGGUCGUACUUUUCCCGUGGAAGUCUUCUACACCCCCGAACCGGAGAAUGAUUACGUGAAUGCUGCUAUCCGGACUUGUUUGCAGAUUCACGCGUGUGAGGACGAGGGGGAUAUCCUCAUGUUCCUGACCGGCGAACAAGAAAUCGAAGACGCAGCCAACUCAAUUCAAUUGGAGUCGGAUGAGAUGGAAAAAUCUGGUGCCGGUCCUCUUAAAGUCUACACUCUUUAUGGCGGUCUGACUACGGCCCAACAGCAGCAGUGUUUCAACCCUGCGCCUCCACCCCGCGAGCCUGGUGGCAGACCAGGACGCAAGGUCAUCAUCUCUACCAAUAUUGCUGAAACUUCGCUUACGAUCGACGGUAUUGUGUACGUGAUUGACACUGGAUUUUCUAAACAGAAAAUCUACAACCCUCGUAUUCGUGUUGAGUCCCUUCUGGUGUCUCCAAUUUCAAAAGCAUCUGCUCAGCAGCGAGCUGGUCGUGCAGGUCGUACACGCCCCGGAAAGUGCUUCCGCCUCUACACCGAGGAAGCUUUCAAAGAUGAACUCAUUUCGCAGACUUACCCGGAAAUUCUCCGGUCGAACCUGUCAGCGACCGUUCUUGAAUUGAAGAAGCUCGGGAUCGAAGACCUGGUGCAUUUCGAUCUUAUGGAUCCCCCGGCUCCUGAGACCCUGAUGCGCGCUUUGGAGGAACUCAACUACCUGGCUUGUCUGGAUGACGACGGACAUUUAACUCCACUUGGCCGCAUGGCAUCGAUGUUCCCACUUGACCCAGCAAUGGCUGUCAUGCUCAUUAGCUCUCCAGAGUUCUACUGCUCUAACGAGAUUCUCUCGAUCGCAGCUCUUCUGUCGUGUCCGGAUGUGUUCCUUCGUCCUCACUCCCAGCGCGCACGUGCGGAAGAGAUGAAGAGAAGUUUCGCCCACCCCGAUGGCGAUCAUCUGACUCUGUUGAAUGUUUACCAUGCAUACAGCAGUGUCCCGCGAGAGAACAAGCGGAAGUGGUGUCAUGAACAUUUCUUAUCACAACGCAGUCUCGAGCAGGCAGACAACGUUCGCCGACAGCUGCUUACCACUAUGGAGCGUGAGGACCUGGAGCUAAUCUCGACUCCUCAUGACGACAAGAAGUACCAUGAGAACAUUCGUCGUGCUCUCUGCACUGGAUUUUUCAUGCAGGUUGCCAAGAAAGAGGCAAAGGGCAAGGGUUACGUAACCGUCAAGGAUCACCAAAGUGUUCUUCUCCACCCCGGCAGCAUGCUGGCCCAUGAUCCAGAAUGGGUCAUCUACCAUGAGUUUGUUUUGACCUCAAAGAACUUCAUUCGCCAAGCAACUGCCGUGAAACCUGAAUGGCUGCUUGAACUCGCACCUGUAUACUAUGACAUUCCCUCAUUUGAGAAAGGUGAAAUCAAAUCCGCUCUUACUCGUGCUUCAGAGCACCUUGCUCGCAAAGAAAAGAUGCGUGCCGACAAGGCCAAGGAGACUACUGCCGCCGCAUGGUAG